CAUAUGCUCCUCAUCAGCUCAUUAUCUGGUGGACGGGAAAGAUAUGAAAAUUCCUCCCUGAAGCCGAUGUUAUGAAUGCAGAGGGGAAAAAAAGACGCUUAAAUGAGACGACUGUCGAUUUUAUCAGCACAAAACAAGCCAGUUUAAUGAGAAUGGAAGGUUUUGUAGGAAAUAAACCCAGACUUUAUCCUGCAAUCCUGUUGACUGUAAUACUUCUGACUCCGGCAGCAACACAGACUGCAUUUUAUACAGCACAGGAAUCGUCACCGACCACACUGUCCUCUUCAAGUGAAGAUGCAAGUUCAACACCAUCCACCAGUUCAACACCUUUGACAUCGGUCAUUUCUGAAUCUGAGUUAUCUUCUACAACAAGCUCAUUUAUUCAUUUAAAAACAAAUCAUUUAUCAUCAUUUCCAGCCUCAGAUGAAACCGUGGCUUCAUUUUCAACAACUGAAUACAACUCCACAACUAUUCUAGAAACGUCUACAGGAAAUACAACCAAAACAAGCCCAAUCACAUCUCCAACUGAAGAAUCAACUAAAAUCACUUCUGUAUCCUCAAGUGAAGGCACACAUUCAUCAUCAACGACCCAAUCAACAACAACCUUUACAUCUCUUACCUCCAUAAUUUAUCUGACAUCAAGCACUAAAGAAGACACGUCGACAGAGGACAACAAAACUGGACAAUCGACAGAAAAAUCAGAAGUGCCAAGGAGUACAAGUCCAUCUUUUUCCACUGCAACAAAAAUCUCCAACAAAAGUCCAGUAGUUUCUUUAACAGAACAACCAGAAGAGCUGACUCGUUUCUUCUCAACUGAAGAUGUCCACUCUACACCAUCCACCUUUUCAACAUCCACAAUAGUGACACCUCAUCAACCAGUCACUUCUAAAACUACCAAAGCAAGCGUAACAGCAUCCAUAUCAGUUAAAAUAACUGCAGAAUCUUCUGAAUCUUCACCAUCACAAGACCAAACGAGUCAGCAAGUCUCCAAAAAUAUGCUACCAACCUUCACUGGAAAUACACCUGAAACAAGUACAGCAGAAGAUUUCUCAUCAGAAUUUCCAACCAAAGAUGAAACCAUGACUUCAUUUUCAACAACUGAGCACAUCUCCACAACUGUACUAACACCGUUCACAGGAAGUGCACUUCAAACUUUUCCUACAACAGAUGCACCCACCCAAAGAUCUCCUUUAUCCUCAACUGAAGGUAGGCAAUCACCAUCAACCUUUCAAUCAGCAACAAUGUCUCUUGCCUCUAUAAAUACUGAUUCUGCAGUGCUUACCACAUCAGGAACAAAUAAAUACACACCAGUAGACAUAACUGAACAAACCAGUGGAACUUCAGAAGCGUCAAGAAAGACAAGUCAACAAAUCCCAGUAUAUUCUUCCACACCAGUAGUAGUAACAACAGAAAACACAAUCCAAACAAGCUCCACCAUGUCUACAACAGAGAAGUCCUCUCAUUCCGCUGUGUCUUCCUCAACUGAAGAUGUCAGGUCAACACAAUCCACCUACUCAACAUCUAUGCCUUUAACAGCUUAUCUAACAGUAAGUUCUGAAACUACAGAACCUACUUCAACAGAGUACACAUCAAGUAAAGUAACUGGACACACUUCUGAAUCUUCACCUGCACCAGAUGAAACAAGUCAGCAAUCAUCAGCAUUUCCAAUCACAGAUGAAACCAUGGCUUCAUUGUCAACAACUGAACACAUCUCCACAGCUAUGCUAACACCGUUCACAGGAAGUCCAACUGAAACAUUUCCAACAACAAAAGUAUCAACACAAGUAACUCCUUUAUUCUACACUGAAUUUAGAUCCAUGUCAGUUACGGCUACAGCAACAGAGAGCACAAUUCAAACAAGUCAAGUGGUCUCUGCAACAGAGGAAUUACCUCAUCCCACUGUGUCCUCCUCAACUGAAGAUGUUCAUUCAACACCAUCCACCUACAUAACAUCUAUACCUUUAACACAUUAUCCAUCAGUCAGUUCUGAAACUAAAGAACCAACUUCAACAGAGUAUACAUCAAGUAAAAUAACUGGACACACUUCUGAAUCUUCACAUGAACCCGACCAAACAAUCCAGCAAUCAUCAGCAUUUCCAACCACGCAUGAAACCAUGGAUUCAUUUCCAACAACUGAAUACAAAUCCACAACUAAACUACCAUCAUUCACAGGAAGUACAACUGAAACAUUUUCAACAAUAGAAUUCAGAUCCACAUUAGUAGUGUCAAUGGCAACAGAGAGCACAAUACAAACAAGCCACACAGUCCCUACAACAGAGGAAUCAGCUCACUCUACUGUGUUCUCAACUGAAGAUGUCAAUUUGACACCAUCAACCUACUCAACAUCUAUGCCCUUAACACCCCAUCCAUCAGUCAGUUCUGAAACUACAGAACCAACUUCAACAGAGUACACACCAAGUAAAAUAACUGGACACACUUCUGAAUCUUCACCUGCACCAGACCAAACAAUCCAACAAUCAUCAGCAUUUCCAACCACAGAUGAAACCAUGGCUUUAUUGUCAACAACUGAACACAUCUCUAUAGCUAUGUUAACACUGUUCACAGGAAGCUCAACUGAAACAUUUCCAACAACAAAAGUAUCCACACAAGCAACUCCUGUGGUCUCCUCUGAAGGGACACACUCACCAUCAACUACUGAGUCAACAACAACUUUAACAUCUCUUACCUCUAUAAUUACUGACUCUGCAGCACCCAUUACUUCAAGCACUAAUAGAUACACAUCAACAGACAUGAUUUCUACAGGAGUAACAACUCCUUCAUUUCCAACAACAGAUUUCCGAUCCACACCAGUAGUGACCACAGCAACAGAAAGCACAAUCCAAACAAGUCAAAUGCUCUCCACAGCAGAGGAAUCAACUCAUUCCACUGUGUCCUCCUCAACUGAAGAUGUCCAUUCAACACUGCCCACCUACUCAACAUCUAUGCCCUUAACACCCCAUCCAUCAGUCAGUUCUGAAACUAUAGAACCAACUCCAACAGAGUACAUGUCAAGUGUAUCAACUAGACAAACUUCUAAAUCUUCACUAGCAACAGACCAAACAAGUCAGCAAGCAACCACAGAUGAAACAUUGGCUUCAUUUUCAACAUCUGAAUACAAGUCGUCAACCAUACUACUAACAUUCACAGGACGUCCAACUGAAACAUUUCCAACAACAAAAGUAUCCACACAAGUAACUCCUUUAUUCUCACCUGAAGGGACACAAUCACCAUCAACUACUGAGUCAGCAACAACUUUAACAUCUCUUACCUCUAUAAUUACUGACUCUGCAGCACCCCUUACCUCAGGCACUAAUGGAUACACAUCAACAGACAUAACUUCCAUGGGAGUAACAGCUCCUUCAUAUCCAACAACAGAUUUCCGAUCCACACCAAUAGUGACCACAGAAACAGAAAGCACAAUCCAAACAAGUCAAAUAAUCUCUACAACAGAGGAAUCAGCUUAUUCCACUUCGUACUCCUCAACUGAAGAUGUUAAUUCAACACAAUCCACCUACUCAACAUCUAUGCCUUUAACACCUCAUCCAUCUGUCAGUUCUGAAACCACAGAACCAAUUUCAACAGAGUACACAUCUAGUAAAGUAACUGGACACACUUCUGAAUCUUCACCUGCACCAGACCAAACAAUCCAACAAUCAUCAGCAUUUCCAACCACAGAUGAAACCAUGGCUUUAUUGUCAACAACUGAACACAUCUCUAUAGCUAUGCUAACAUCGUUCACAGGAAGCGCAACUGAAACAUUUCCAACAACAAAAGUAUCCACACAAGCAACUCCUGUGGUCUCUUCUGAAGGGACACAGUCACCAUCAACUACUGAGUCAGAAACAACUUUAACAUCUCUUACCUCUAUACUUACUGACUCUGCAGGACCCAUUACCUCAAGCACUAAUAAAUACAUAUCAGUAGACAUAACUUCUACAGGAGAAACAGCUCCUUCAUUUCCAACAACAGAUUUCCGAUCCACACCAGUAGUGACCACAGCAACAAAAAGCACAAUCCAAACAAGUCAAGUGGUCUCUGCAACAGAGGAGUCAGCAUAUCCCACUGUGUCCUCCUCAACCGAAGAUGUUAAUUCAACACAAUCCAUAUACUCAACAUCUAUGCCCUUAACACAUUAUCCAUCAGUCAGUUCUGAAACUACAGAACCAACUUCAACAGAAUCAGCUCAUCCAACUAUAUAUUCAACUGAAGAUGUCCAUUCAACACCAUCUCCCUCCUCAACAUCUAUGCUUUUAACACCUUAUCCAGACAGUUCUGAAACUACAGAACCAAUCUCAAAAGAGUACACAUCAAGUAAAAUAACUGGACAGACCUCUAAAUUUUCAGCAUCACCAGACCAAACAAGCCAACAAUCAUCAGCAGUUUCAACCACAGAUGAAACCAUGGAUUCAUUUCCAACAACAGAUUUCCGAUCCACACCAAUAGUGACAAAAGCAGCAGAAAGCACAAUCCAAACAAGUCAAGUGGUCUCUGCAACAGAGGAAUCAGCUCAUUCCACUGUGUUCUCCUCAACUGAAGAUGUCCAUUCAACACAAUCCACCUACUCAACAUCUAUGCACGUAACACCUUAUCCGGACAGUUACAAAACAACAGAAGCAACUUCAACAGAGUACACAUCAAGUAAAACAACUGGACACACUUCUGAAACUUUAAUUACAGGACGUCCAACUGAAACAUUUCCAACAGCAGAAGUAUCUACACAAGUAACUCAUGUGUUCCCAACUGAAGGGACACACUCAUCAUCAACUACUGAGUCAGCAACAACUUUAACAUCUCUUACCUCUAUAAUUACUGACUCUGCAGCACCCAUUACUUCAAGCACUAAUAGAUACACAUCAACAGACAUGAUUUCUACAGGAGUAACAACUACUUCAUUUCCAACAACAGAUUUUAUAUCCACACCAGUAGUGACCACAGCAACAGAAAGCACAAUCCAAACAAGUCAAAUGCUCUCCACAGCAGAGGAAUCAACUCAUUCCACUGUGUCCUCCUCAACUGAAGAUGUCCAUUCAACACUACCAACCUACUCAACAUCUAUGCCCUUAACACCUCAUCCAUCAGCCAGUUCUGAAAUUACAGAACCAACUUCAACAGAGUACACAUCUAGUAAAGUAACUGAACACACUUCUGAAUCUUCACCUGCAGCAGACCAAACAAGCCAGUUGUCAGCAUUUCCAACUACAGAAGAAACCAUGGCUUCAUUUCCAACAACUGAACACAUCUCCACAGCUAAGCUAACACCAUUCACAGGAAGUGCAACUCAAACGUUUCCAAUAUCAGAAGUAUCCACACAAGUAACUCAUGUGUUCUCAACUGAAGGGACACAAUCCCCAUCAACUACUGAGUCAGCAACAACUUUAACAUCUCUUACCUCUAUAAUUACUGACUCUGCAGCACCCAUUACUUCAAGCACUAAUAGAUACACAUCAACAGACAUGAUUUCUACAGGAGUAACAACUCCUUCAUUUCCAACAACAGAUUUCCGAUCCACACCAGUAGUGACCACAGCAACAGAAAGCACAAUCCGAACAAGUCAAAUGCUCUCCACAGCAGAGGAAUCAACUCAUUCCACUGUGUCCUCCUCAACUGAAGAUGUCCAUUCAACACUGCCCACCUACUCAACAUCUAUGCCCUUAACACCCCAUCCAUCAGUCAGUUCUGAAACUAUAGAACCAACUCCAACAGAGUACACAUCUAGUAAAGUAACUGAAUACACUUCUGAAUCUUCACAUGCACCAGACCAAACAAGCCAACAAUCAUCAGCAUUUUCAACCACAGAUGAAACCAUGGAUUCAUUUCCAACAACAGAUUUCCGAUCCACACCUGUAGUGACCACAGCAGCAGAAAGCACAAUCCAAACAAGUCAAAUAGUCUUUACAACAGAGGAAUCAGCUCAUUCCACUGUGUCCUCCUCAACUGAAGAUGUCCAUUCAACACAAUCCACCUACUCAACAUCUCUGCCCUUAACACCCCAUCCAUCAGUCAGUUCUGAAACUACAGAACCAACUUCAACAGAGUACAUGUCAAGUGUAUCAACUAGACAAACUUCUAAAUCUUCACUAGCAACAGACCAAACAAGUCAGCAAGCAACCACAGAUGAAACAUUGGCUUCAUUUUCAACAUCUGAAUACAAGUCGUCAACCAUACUACCAACAUUCACAGGACGUCCAACUGAAACAUUUCCAACAACAAAAGUAUCCACACAAGUAACUCCUUUAUUCUCACCUGAAGGGACACAAUCACCAUCAACUACUGAGUCAGCAACAACUUUAACAUCUCUUACCUCUAUAAUUACUGACUCUGCAGCACCCCUUACCUCAGGCACUAAUGGAUACACAUCAACAGACAUAACUUCCAUGGGAGUAACAGCUCCUUCAUAUCCAACAACAGAUUUCCGAUCCACACCAAUAGUGACCACAGAAACAGAAAGCACAAUCCAAACAAGUCAAAUAAUCUCUACAACAGAGGAAUCAGCUUAUUCCACUUCGUACUCCUCAACUGAAGAUGUUAAUUCAACACAAUCCACCUUCUCAACAUCCAAGCCUUUAACACCUCAUCCAUCUGUCAGUUCUGAAACCACAGAACCAAUUUCAACAGAGUACACAUCUAGUAAAGUAACUGGACACACUUCUGAAUCUUCACCUGCACCAGACCAAACAAUCCAACAAUCAUCAGCAUUUCCAACCACAGAUGAAACCAUGGCUUUAUUGUCAACAACUGAACACAUCUCUAUAGCUAUGCUAACAUCGUUCACAGGAAGCGCAACUGAAACAUUUCCAACAACAAAAGUAUCCACACAAGCAACUCCUGUGGUCUCUUCUGAAGGGACACAGUCACCAUCAACUACUGAGUCAGAAACAACUUUAACAUCUCUUACCUCUAUACUUACUGACUCUGCAGGACCCAUUACCUCAAGCACUAAUAAAUACAUAUCAGUAGACAUAACUUCUACAGGAGAAACAGCUCCUUCAUUUCCAACAACAGAUUUCCGAUCCACACCAGUAGUGACCACAGCAACAAAAAGCACAAUCCAAACAAGUCAAGUGGUCUCUGCAACAGAGGAGUCAGCAUAUCCCACUGUGUCCUCCUCAACCGAAGAUGUUAAUUCAACACAAUCCAUAUACUCAACAUCUAUGCCCUUAACACAUUAUCCAUCAGUCAGUUCUGAAACUACAGAACCAACUUCAACAGAAUCAGCUCAUCCAACUAUAUAUUCAACUGAAGAUGUCCAUUCAACACCAUCUCCCUCCUCAACAUCUAUGCUUUUAACACCUUAUCCAGACAGUUCUGAAACUACAGAACCAAUCUCAAAAGAGUACACAUCAAGUAAAAUAACUGGACAGACCUCUAAAUUUUCAGCAUCACCAGACCAAACAAGCCAACAAUCAUCAGCAGUUUCAACCACAGAUGAAACCAUGGAUUCAUUUCCAACAACAGAUUUCCGAUCCACACCAAUAGUGACAAAAGCAGCAGAAAGCACAAUCCAAACAAGUCAAGUGGUCUCUGCAACAGAGGAAUCAGCUCAUUCCACUGUGUUCUCCUCAACUGAAGAUGUCCAUUCAACACAAUCCACCUACUCAACAUCUAUGCACGUAACACCUUAUCCGGACAGUUACAAAACAACAGAAGCAACUUCAACAGAGUACACAUCAAGUAAAACAACUGGACACACUUCUGAAUCUUUAUUUACAGGACGUCCAACUGAAACAUUUCCAACAGCAGAAGUAUCUACACAAGUAACUCAUGUGUUCCCAACUGAAGGGACACACUCACCAUCAACUACUGAGUCAGCAACAACUUUAACAUCUCUUACCUCUAUAAUUACUGACUCUGCAGCACCCAUUACUUCAAGCACUAAUAGAUACACAUCAACAGACAUGAUUUCUACAGGAGUAACAACUACUUCAUUUCCAACAACAGAUUUUAUAUCCACACCAGUAGUGACCACAGCAACAGAAAGCACAAUCCAAACAAGUCAAAUGCUCUCCACAGCAGAGGAAUCAACUCAUUCCACUGUGUCCUCCUCAACUGAAGAUGUCCAUUCAACACUACCAACCUACUCAACAUCUAUGCCCUUAACACCCCAUCCAUCAGUCAGUUCUGAAACUACAGAACCAACUUCAACAGAGUACACAUCUAGUAAAGUAACUGAACACACUUCUGAAUCUUCACCUGCAGCAGACCAAACAAGCCAGUUGUCAGCAUUUCCAACUACAGAAGAAACCAUGGCUUCAUUUCCAACAACUGAACACAUCUCCACAGCUAAGCUAACACCAUUCACAGGAAGUGCAACUCAAACGUUUCCAAUAUCAGAAGUAUCCACACAAGUAACUCAUGUGUUCUCAACUGAAGGGACACAAUCCCCAUCAACUACUGAGUCAGCAACAACUUUAACAUCUCUUACCUCUAUAAUUACUGACUCUGCAGCACCCAUUACUUCAGGCACUAAUAGAUACACAUCAACAGACAUGAUUUCUACAGGAGUAACAACUCCUUCAUUUCCAACAACAGAUUUCCGAUCCACACCAGUAGUGACCACAGCAACAGAAAGCACAAUCCGAACAAGUCAAAUGCUCUCCACAGCAGAGGAAUCAACUCAUUCCACUGUGUCCUCCUCAACUGAAGAUGUCCAUUCAACACUGCCCACCUACUCAACAUCUAUGCCCUUAACACCCCAUCCAUCAGUCAGUUCUGAAACUAUAGAACCAACUCCAACAGAGUACACAUCUAGUAAAGUAACUGAAUACACUUCUGAAUCUUCACAUGCACCAGACCAAACAAGCCAACAAUCAUCAGCAUUUUCAACCACAGAUGAAACCAUGGAUUCAUUUCCAACAACAGAUUUCCGAUCCACACCAAUAGCGACGACAGCAACAGAAAGCACAAUCCAAACAAGUCAAAUAGUCUUUACAACAGAGGAAUCAGCUCAUUCCACUGUGUCCUCCUCAACUGAAGAUGUCCAUUCAACACAAUCCACCUACUCAACAUCUCUGCCCUUAACACCCCAUCCAUCAGUCAGUUCUGAAACUACAGAACCAACUUCAACAGAGUACAUGUCAAGUGUAUCAACUAGACAAACUUCUAAAUCUUCACUAGCAACAGACCAAACAAGUCAGCAAGCAACCACAGAUGAAACAUUGGCUUCAUUUUCAACAUCUGAAUACAAGUCGUCAACCAUACUACCAACAUUCACAGGACGUCCAACUGAAACAUUUCCAACAACAAAAGUAUCCACACAAGUAACUCCUUUAUUCUCACCUGAAGGGACACAAUCACUAUCAACUACUGAGUCAGCAACAACUUUAACAUCUCUUACCUCUAUAAUUACUGACUCUGCAGCACCCCUUACCUCAGGCACUAAUGGAUACACAUCAACAGACAUAAAUUCCAUGGGAGUAACAGCUCCUUCAUAUCCAACAACAGAUUUCCGAUCCACACCAAUAGUGACCACAGAAACAGAAAGCACAAUCCAAACAAGUCAAAUAAUCUCUACAACAGAGGAAUCAGCUUAUUCCACUUCGUACUCCUCAACUGAAGAUGUUAAUUCAACACAAUCCACCUUCUCAACAUCCAAGCCUUUAACACCUCAUCCAUCUGUCAGUUCUGAAACCACAGAACCAAUUUCAACAGAGUACACAUCUAGUAAAGUAACUGGACACACUUCUGAAUCUUCACCUGCACCAGACCAAACAAUCCAACAAUCAUCAGCAUUUCCAACCACAGAUGAAACCAUGGCUUCAUUUCCAACAACUGAACACAUCUCCACAGCUAUGCUAACACCGUUCACAGAAGGUGCAGCUCAAACAUUUUCUACUAGAGAUAUGUCUACUCAAAUAACUUUGUUAUCCUCAUCAGAAGGCACACAUUCACCAUCAACUACUCAGUCAGCAACAACUUUAACAUCUCUUAUCACUAUAAUUACUGACUCUGCACCACCCGUUACCUCAAGCACGAAUAAAUACACAUCAGUAGACAUAAUUGAACAAUUUACUGAAACGUCAGAACUGUCAACCAGAACAAGUCAGCAAUCCCCAGGAUCUGCUUCCACAGCUCCUUCAUUUCCAACAACAGAAUUUAGAUCCACAUCAGUAGUGAUCACAGUGACAGAAAGCACAAUCCAAGCAAGUCAAGUGGACUCUACAACAGAGGAAUCAGCUCAUUCCACUGUGUUUUCCUCAACUGAAGAUAUCAGUUCAACACCAUCCACCUACUCAACAUCUACGCAUUUAACACCUUAUCCAUCAGUCAGUUCUGAAUCAACUUCAACAGAGUACACAUCAAGUAGUAUAACUGGAUCAUCUUCAAAACCUUCAGAAGCACCUGACCAAACAAGCCAACAAUCAUCAGCAUUUCUGACCACAGAAGAAACCAUGGCUUCAUUUCCAACAACUGAACACAUCUCCACAGCUAUGCUAACACAGAUCACAGGAAAUGCAACUGAAACAUUUCCAACAGAUGUAUCCACACAAGUAACUCCUUUAUUCUCAACUGAAGGGAAACAAUCACCAUCAACUACUGAGUCAGCAACAACUUUAACAUCUCUUACCUCUAUAAUUACUGAUUCUGCAGCACCCAUUUCCACUAGCACUAAUAAAUACACAUCCGUAGACAUAACUUCCACAGGAGAAACAGCUCCUCCAUUUCCAACAACAGAUUUCCAAUCCACACCAAUAGUGACAACAGCAACAGAAAGCACAAUCCAAACAAGUCAAGUGGUCUCUGCAACAGAGGAAUCAGGACAUCCCACUGUGUCCUCCUCAACUGAAGAUGUCCAUUCAACACAAUCCACCUACUCAACAUCUAUGCCCUUAACACAUUAUCCAGACAGUUACAAAACAACAGAACCAACUUCAACAGAGUACACAUCAAGUAAAACAACUGGACACACUUCUGAAUCUUUAUUUACAGGACGUCCAACUGAAACAUUUCCAACAGCAGAAGUAUCUACACAAGUAACUCAUGUGUUCCCAACUGAAGGGACACACUCACCAUCAACUACUGAGUCAGCAACAACUUUAACAUCUCUUACCUCUAUAAUUACUGACUCUGCAGCACCCAUUACUUCAAGCACUAAUAGAUACACAUCAACAGACAUGAUUUCUACAGGAGUAACAACUACUUCAUUUCCAACAACAGAUUUUAUAUCCACACCAGUAGUGACCACAGCAACAGAAAGCACAAUCCAAACAAGUCAAAUGCUCUCCACAGCAGAGGAAUCAACUCAUUCCACUGUGUCCUCCUCAACUGAAGAUGUCCAUUCAACACUACCAACCUACUCAACAUCUAUGCCCUUAACACCUCAUCCAUCAGCCAGUUCUGAAAUUACAGAACCAACUUCAACAGAGUACACAUCUAGUAAAGUAACUGAACACACUUCUGAAUCUUCACCUGCAGCAGACCAAACAAGCCAGUUGUCAGCAUUUCCAACUACAGAAGAAACCAUGGCUUCAUUUCCAACAACUGAACACAUCUCCACAGCUAAGCUAACACCAUUCACAGGAAGUGCAACUCAAACGUUUCCAAUAUCAGAAGUAUCCACACAAGUAACUCAUGUGUUCUCAACUGAAGGGACACAAUCCCCAUCAACUACUGAGUCAGCAACAACUUUAACAUCUCUUACCUCUAUAAUUACUGACUCUGCAGCACCCAUUACUUCAGGCACUAAUAGAUACACAUCAACAGACAUGAUUUCUACAGGAGUAACAACUCCUUCAUUUCCAACAACAGAUUUCCGAUCCACACCAGUAGUGACCACAGCAACAGAAAGCACAAUCCGAACAAGUCAAAUGCUCUCCACAGCAGAGGAAUCAACUCAUUCCACUGUGUCCUCCUCAACUGAAGAUGUCCAUUCAACACUGCCCACCUACUCAACAUCUAUGCCCUUAACACCCCAUCCAUCAGUCAGUUCUGAAACUAUAGAACCAACUCCAACAGAGUACACAUCUAGUAAAGUAACUGAAUACACUUCUGAAUCUUCACAUGCACCAGACCAAACAAGCCAACAAUCAUCAGCAUUUUCAACCACAGAUGAAACCAUGGAUUCAUUUCCAACAACAGAUUUCCGAUCCACACCAAUAGCGACGACAGCAACAGAAAGCACAAUCCAAACAAGUCAAAUAGUCUUUACAACAGAGGAAUCAGCUCAUUCCACUGUGUCCUCCUCAACUGAAGAUGUCCAUUCAACACAAUCCACCUACUCAACAUCUCUGCCCUUAACACCCCAUCCAUCAGUCAGUUCUGAAACUACAGAACCAACUUCAACAGAGUACAUGUCAAGUGUAUCAACUAGACAAACUUCUAAAUCUUCACUAGCAACAGACCAAACAAGUCAGCAAGCAACCACAGAUGAAACAUUGGCUUCAUUUUCAACAUCUGAAUACAAGUCGUCAACCAUACUACCAACAUUCACAGGACGUCCAACUGAAACAUUUCCAACAACAAAAGUAUCCACACAAGUAACUCCUUUAUUCUCACCUGAAGGGACACAAUCACUAUCAACUACUGAGUCAGCAACAACUUUAACAUCUCUUACCUCUAUAAUUACUGACUCUGCAGCACCCCUUACCUCAGGCACUAAUGGAUACACAUCAACAGACAUAACUUCCAUGGGAGUAACAGCUCCUUCAUAUCCAACAACAGAUUUCCGAUCCACACCAAUAGUGACCACAGAAACAGAAAGCACAAUCCAAACAAGUCAAAUAAUCUCUACAACAGAGGAAUCAGCUUAUUCCACUUCGUACUCCUCAACUGAAGAUGUUAAUUCAACACAAUCCACCUUCUCAACAUCCAAGCCUUUAACACCUCAUCCAUCUGUCAGUUCUGAAACCACAGAACCAAUUUCAACAGAGUACACAUCUAGUAAAGUAACUGGACACACUUCUGAAUCUUCACCUGCACCAGACCAAACAAUCCAACAAUCAUCAGCAUUUCCAACCACAGAUGAAACCAUGGCUUUAUUGUCAACAACUGAACACAUCUCUAUAGCUAUGCUAACAUCGUUCACAGGAAGCGCAACUGAAACAUUUCCAACAACAAAAGUAUCCACACAAGCAACUCCUGUGGUCUCUUCUGAAGGGACACAGUCACCAUCAACUACUGAGUCAGAAACAACUUUAACAUCUCUUACCUCUAUACUUACUGACUCUGCAGGACCCAUUACCUCAAGCACUAAUAAAUACAUAUCAGUAGACAUAACUUCUACAGGAGAAACAGCUCCUUCAUUUCCAACAACAGAUUUCCGAUCCACACCAGUAGUGACCACAGCAACAAAAAGCACAAUCCAAACAAGUCAAGUGGUCUCUGCAACAGAGGAGUCAGCAUAUCCCACUGUGUCCUCCUCAACCGAAGAUGUUAGUUCAACACAAUCCAUAUACUCAACAUCUAUGCCCUUAACACAUUAUCCAUCAGUCAGUUCUGAAACUACAGAACCAACUUCAACAGAAUCAGCUCAUCCAACUAUAUAUUCAACUGAAGAUGUCCAUUCAACACCAUCUCCCUCCUCAACAUCUAUGCUUUUAACACCUUAUCCAGACAGUUCUGAAACUACAGAACCAAUCUCAAAAGAGUACACAUCAAGUAAAAUAACUGGACAGACCUCUAAAUUUUCAGCAUCACCAGACCAAACAAGCCAACAAUCAUCAGCAGUUUCAACCACAGAUGAAACCAUGGAUUCAUUUCCAACAACAGAUUUCCGAUCCACACCAAUAGUGACAAAAGCAGCAGAAAGCACAAUCCAAACAAGUCAAGUGGUCUCUGCAACAGAGGAAUCAGCUCAUUCCACUGUGUUCUCCUCAACUGAAGAUGUCCAUUCAACACAAUCCACCUACUCAACAUCUAUGCACGUAACACCUUAUCCGGACAGUUACAAAACAACAGAAGCAACUUCAACAGAGUACACAUCAAGUAAAACAACUGGACACACUUCUGAAACUUUAAUUACAGGACGUCCAACUGAAACAUUUCCAACAGCAGAAGUAUCUACACAAGUAACUCAUGUGUUCCCAACUGAAGGGACACACUCAUCAUCAACUACUGAGUCAGCAACAACUUUAACAUCUCUUACCUCUAUAAUUACUGACUCUGCAGCACCCAUUACUUCAAGCACUAAUAGAUACACAUCAACAGACAUGAUUUCUACAGGAGUAACAACUACUUCAUUUCCAACAACAGAUUUCCGAUCCACACCAAUAGUGACCACAGAAACAGAAAGCACAAUCCAAACAAGUCAAAUAAUCUCUACAACAGAGGAAUCAGCUUAUUCCACUUCGUACUCCUCAACUGAAGAUGUUAAUUCAACACAAUCCACCUUCUCAACAUCCAAGCCUUUAACACCUCAUCCAUCUGUCAGUUCUGAAACCACAGAACCAAUUUCAACAGAGUACACAUCUAGUAAAGUAACUGGACACACUUCUGAAUCUUCACCUGCACCAGACCAAACAAUCCAACAAUCAUCAGCAUUUCCAACCACAGAUGAAACCAUGGCUUCAUUUCCAACAACUGAACACAUCUCCACAGCUAUGCUAACACCGUUCACAGAAGGUGCAGCUCAAACAUUUUCUACUAGAGAUAUGUCUACUCAAAUAACUUUGUUAUCCUCAUCAGAAGGCACACAUUCACCAUCAACUACUCAGUCAGCAACAACUUUAACAUCUCUUAUCACUAUAAUUACUGACUCUGCACCACCCGUUACCUCAAGCACGAAUAAAUACACAUCAGUAGACAUAAUUGAACAAUUUACUGAAACGUCAGAACUGUCAACCAGAACAAGUCAGCAAUCCCCAGGAUCUGCUUCCACAGCUCCUUCAUUUCCAACAACAGAAUUUAGAUCCACAUCAGUAGUGAUCACAGUGACAGAAAGCACAAUCCAAGCAAGUCAAGUGGACUCUACAACAGAGGAAUCAGCUCAUUCCACUGUGUUUUCCUCAACUGAAGAUAUCAGUUCAACACCAUCCACCUACUCAACAUCUACGCAUUUAACACCUUAUCCAUCAGUCAGUUCUGAAUCAACUUCAACAGAGUACACAUCAAGUAGUAUAACUGGAUCAUCUUCAAAACCUUCAGAAGCACCUGACCAAACAAGCCAACAAUCAUCAGCAUUUCUGACCACAGAAGAAACCAUGGCUUCAUUUCCAACAACUGAACACAUCUCCACAGCUAUGCUAACACAGAUCACAGGAAAUGCAACUGAAACAUUUCCAACAGAUGUAUCCACACAAGUAACUCCUUUAUUCUCAACUGAAGGGAAACAAUCACCAUCAACUACUGAGUCAGCAACAACUUUAACAUCUCUUACCUCUAUAAUUACUGAUUCUGCAGCACCCAUUUCCACUAGCACUAAUAAAUACACAUCCGUAGACAUAACUUCCACAGGAGAAACAGCUCCUCCAUUUCCAACAACAGAUUUCCAAUCCACACCAAUAGUGACAACAGCAACAGAAAGCACAAUCCAAACAAGUCAAGUGGUCUCUGCAACAGAGGAAUCAGGACAUCCCACUGUGUCCUCCUCAACUGAAGAUGUCCAUUCAACACAAUCCACCUACUCAACAUCUAUGCCCUUAACACCUUAUCCAAACAGUUCCAAAACAACAGAACCAACUUCAACAGAGUACACAUCAAGUAAAACAACUGGACACACUUCUGAAUCUUUUGUUACAGGACGUCCAACUGAAACAUUUCCAACAGAAGAAGUAUCUACACAAGUAACUCAUGUGUUCUCAACUGAAGGGACACACUCACCAUCAACUACUGAGUCAGCAACAACUUUAACAUCUCUUACCUCUAUAAUUACUGACUCUGCAGCACCCAUUACUUCAAGCACUAAUAGAUACACAUCAACAGACAUGAUUUCUACAGGAGUAACAACUCCUUCAUUUCCAACAACAGAUUUCCGAUCUACACCAGUAGUGACCACAGCAACAGAAAGCACAAUCCAAACAAGUCAAAUGCUCUCCACAGCAGAGGAAUCAACUCAUUCCACUGUGUCCUCCUCAACUGAAGAUGUCCAUUCAACACUGCCCACCUACUCAACAUCUAUGCCCUUAACACCCCAUCCAUCAGUCAGUUCUGAAACUAUAGAACCAACUCCAACAGAGUACACAUCUAGUAAAGUAACUGGACACACUUCUGAAUCUUCACCUGCAGCAGACCAAACAAGCCAGACGUUGUCAGCAUUUCCAACUACAGAUGAAACCAUGGCUUCAUUUCCAACAACUGAACACAUCUCCACAGCUAUGCUAACACCGUUCACAGGAAGUGCAACUCAAACGUUUCCAACAUCAGAAGUAUCCACACAAGUAACUCAUGUGUUCUCAACUGAAGGGACACAAUCACCAUCAACUACUGAGACACCAUCAAAUUUAACAGCUCUUACCUCUAUAAUUACUGAUUCUGCAGCACCCAUUUCCGCUAGCACUAAUAAGUACACAUCAACAGACAUAACUUCCACAGAAGAAACAGCUCCUCCAUUUCCCACAACAGAUUUCCAAUCUACACCAAUAGUGACCACAGCAACAGAAAGCAUGAUCCAAACAAGUGAAAUGGUAUCUGCAACAGAGGAAUCAGCUCAUUCCACUGUGUCCUCCUCAACUGAAGAUGUCCAUUCAACACAAUCGACCUACUCAACAUCUAUGCCUUUAACACCUCAUCCAUCUGUCAGUUCUGAAACCACAGAAACAACUUCAACAGAGUACACAUCUAGUAAAGUAACUGGACACACUUCUGAAUCUUCACCUGCACCAGACCAAACAAUCCAGCAAUCAUCAGCAUUUCCAACCACAGAUGAAACCAUGGCUUCAUUGUCAACAACUGAACACAUCUCUACAGCUAUGCUAACAUCGUUCACCGGAAGCGCAACUGAAACCUUUCCAACAACAGAAUUUAGAUCCACAUCAGGUGUGACCACAGCGACAGAAAGCACAAUCCAAACAAGUCAAAUAGUCUCUACAACAGAGGAAUCAGCUUAUUCCACUGUGUCCUCCUCAACUGAAGAUGUCCAUUCAACACCAUUCACCUACUCAACAUCUAUGCCCUUAACACCCCAUCCAUCAUUCAGUUCUGAAACUACAGAACCAACUUCAACAGAGUACACACCAAGUAAAGUAACUGGACACACUUCUAAACCUUCAGAAGCACCUGAUCAAACAAGCCAACAAUCAUCAGCAUUUCUGACCACAGAUGAAACCAUGGCUUCAUUGUCAACAACUGAACACAUCUCCACAGCUAUGCUAACACAGUUCACAGGAAGUGCAACUGAAACAUUUCCAACAGAUGUAUCCACACAAGUAACUCCUGUGUUUUCAUCUGAAGAGACACAAUCACCAUCAACUACUGAGUCAGCAACAACAUCUCUUAACACUGUAGUUACUGAUUCUGCAGCACCCAUUUCCACUAGCACUAAUAAAUACACAUCCGUAGACAUAACCUCUACAGGAGUAACAGCUCCUCCAUUUCCAACAACAGACUUUCGAUCCACACCAAUAGUGACCACAGCAGCAGAAAGCAUAAUCCAAACAAGUCAAGUGGUCUCUGCAACAGAGGAAUCAGCUCAUUCCACUGUGUUCUCCUCAACCAAAGAUGUCCAUUCAACACAAUCCACCUACUCAACAUCUAUGCCCUUAACACAUUAUCCAGACAGUUACAAAACAACAGAACCAACUUCAACAGAGUACACAUCAAGUAAAACAACUGGACACACUUCUGAAUCUUCAUUUACAGGACGUCCAACUGAAACAUUUCCAACAGCAGAAGUAUCUACACAAGUAACUCAUGUGUUCCCAACUGAAGGGACACACUCAUCAUCAACUACUGAGUCAGCAACAACUUUAACAUCUCUUACCUCUAUAAUUACUGACUCUGCAGCACCCAUUACUUCAAGCACUAAUAAAUACACAACUGAACAAUCUACUGAACCGUCAGAACUUUCAACAGGAGCAAGUCAGCAAUCCCCAGGAUCUGCUUCCACAGGUCCUUCAUUUCCAACAACAGAAUUUAGAUCCACCUCAGCUGUGACCACAGCGACAGAAAGCACAAUCCAAACAAGUCAAAUGCUCUCCACAGCAGAGGAAUCAGCUCAUUCCACUGUGUCCUCCUUAACUGAAGAUGUCCAUUCAACACCACCCACCUACAUAACAUCUAGGCCCUUAAAACCCCAUCCAUCUGUCAGUUCCGACACUACAGAACCUACUUCAACAGAGUACACAUCAAGUGUAUUAACUGGACAGACUUCUAAAUCUUCAUUAGCAACAGACCAAAUAAGUCAGCAAGCAACCACAGAUGAAACAUUGGCUUCAUUUUCAACAUCUGAAUACAAGUCGUCAACCAUACUACCAACAUUCACAGGACGUCCAACUGAAACAUUUCCAACAACAAAAGUAUCCACACAAGUAACUCCUUUAUUCUCAACUGAAGGGACACAAUCACCAUCAACUACUGAGUCAGCAACAACUUUAACAUCUCUUACCUCUCUAAUUACUGACUCUGCAGCACCCAUUACCUCAAGCACUAAUAGAUACACAUCAACAGACAUAACUUCUACAGGAGUAACAGCUCCUUCAUUUCCAACAACAGAAUUCCGAUCCACACCAAUAGUGACCACAGAAACAGAAAGCACAAUCCAAACAAGUCAAAUAAUCUCUACAACAGAGGAAUCACCUCAUUCCACUGUGUCCUCCUCAACUGAAGAUGUCCAUUCAACACAAUCCACCUACUCAACAUCCAAGCCAUUAACACCCCAUCCAUCAGUCAGUUCUGAAACUACAGAACCAACUUCAACAGAGUACCUGUCAAGUAAAGUAACUGGACACACUUCUGAAUCUUCACAUGCACCAGACCAAACAAUCCAGCAAUCAUCAGCAUUUCCAUCCACAAAUGAAACCUUGGCUUCAUUGUCAACACCUGAAUACAAAUCCACAACAGCAAUCACAGGAAGUGCAACACAAACAUUUUCUACGAGAGAUGUGUCAACACAAAUUACUCUGGUAUCCUCCAAUGAAAGCACACAGUCACAAUCAACCACCCAAUCAGCGACGACUUUAACAUCUCUCCGCUCUAUAAUUACUGAUACAGAAGCAUCAAGAAAGACAAGUCAGCAAUCCACACCAGUAGUGACGACAGAGACAGAAAGCACAACCCAAACAAGUUCAAUAGUUCCAACUGAAGAUGUCCAUUCAACAUCCUCUUUCUCAACCUUUAUGCCCUUAACACUUUCUUCAUCAGUCAGUUCUGAAACUACAGAAACAACCUUAACAGAGUACACAUCAAGUAAAAUAACUGGACAGACAUCUGAAUCAACACAAGCACCAGAAAGUCAGCAAUCAACGACAUUUCCAAGCACACAUAGUUCCACAACCAUGCUACUAUCCUCCACAGGAAGUUCAACUAUAUCAUUACCCAUGACAGACACAAACAGUGUUUCUACACAGCGCACUUACUUUACUUCUCAAAAUCUGUUACCUUCCACUUCUGAAUCAAUCAAAUCAACGGUGGAACCCAGUCCUGGAUACACAGUAAAUGAAACACUUUCGCCACCAAACAAUUUCAGCUCCACGACCCUGAAAACAUCGCCAGUGGGUCCAAACCAUACAACUGUAUCAACCACACCUCUAUCCUCGACCAUCAGUGCAACUUCUUUUCAGAGCUCUACAGCUGAUCAACAAUCCACAACGUUACCUUCUACCAGUUCACCAAAUUCUGUAUCAACAAGUGAAUCUUCUCCAUCAACUAUCAUCACUACUGACACCGUAAUAAGCUGUACAGAUUGCCAGUGUAACGGUGCACCAUGUUUUUUUAACGUGGCUUCUGGGUUGUGUGAGUGCAAUUGCAGUGAUUCCACUUAUGGUGAUUCGUGUAGUUUUGCAGCCAACACAAGACCUGUUAUUAUUUCUGAGGAGAGUCCUACGAGAAAGGCAAACAUUUCUUUGAGAAUUUUAAAGGAAUAUAAUCCUGACUUUGAGAAUUUGAACUCCGAGGCAUCCAAAAGAUUGAUUUCAGUCCUAUCACAUGAGCUUUCUGGCAUUUGUAGAAGAGCAGCACCACAAAACUUCAGAGAUGUAAAGAUCCUCAGUUUAUUACCUGGAAGCAUCAUCGUCAGAAGCCUUGCACAAUACAACUAUCCCAACAACCAAUCCCAAAUAGAUUUCCUCAACAAGGAUCUAGAAUCCACUCUGACAAAGUUGUUUAAUAGUUCAGAUACGCUUCAACAUUUAAGCCAAGCACUUGGAAAUGUUUCUGUUCAGGAUACAGAAGUUCUAAUGCAGACAGCUGGAAUAGCAAAUAUUUCAGACCUGAAACAGUACUUGAGCUGUAAUUCGGAUUUUGCCAAUUACACACUGAAUAUUGUGGAAGGUGCCUGGGUGUGUGAGGGGCCAUGCAAACAUAACCCCGGUUACUGCAACGCUCACGGAGACUGUGUGAACGUGAAAACCGGUCCGAUGUGCCUAUGCUACAAGUCUUCUUUUCAAGAAUACUAUGGACCGCAGUGCGAGCUUUUCCGCAGAGGUGCAGGGUUUUACGGCGCUCUCUUCGGGAGUUUAGGAGCCGCCCUUCUUCUUUUCAUCACCGUGACAAUCGGGAUUGUAGUAGUACGACUGAAGCGCAGGAAAUGCUGGUCUCUAAGCAGCAGUCACGAUUCGAGGAGGUCGAACUUGUUUGAGGACUACUUCUUCGACUUCAGCGACAGAGGUCUUCAGAAAUACACUUUUCAUGAAGAUCUACGAGAGGCAGAGGCCGGAGUGUUUAGGUCACAUUUUGGGAACGUUGAUAUGGAUUCGAAUGUAAGGUGAAGGUACAAUAACAGAAGUGAAGCCAUGAUUUUCUGGAGAUCUUCGAGCUAUGCUGUCUUCCAUAUAGAGUUAUUAAUGAUGAACAAAAACUAUUAUAAUUAUCUCUAAAUCAAAGAUUUUAGUCUGACACGUGAAAUGAUUACACUUAGUCCAGAUUUGCGGGUUACAUUGCCUUUUUUUUGGGAAAAUAUAAAUAAUAGCUAAUAAAUUAUUACAUAAGUCAACACACAUUUAUUUCUAUACAAAUUCCUUAUGUCAUGUAGUUCAGAGUUACCUGGAUGGACGGUAUGAACAUGAACUAGCCUCCACUGCUGCUCUACGUGUUGAUUGUUCUUCUUCUCGGAGAAGGUCUUGAGAAACUUCUUGUAUUACUGUGCAUUCGAGUCCUCAUGGAUAGUUCGUAUUUACGAGUUGUGGAAGUCGGAAUUACGACGUGGAGUCACCUUGGUCGGAACAAAAAUGAGGUCUCAAUUAACUAAAAAAUGUUUUUAGUAUUUCAGGAUGAAACGAAGCAGUAAGAAUGCGCAUUAGUUGUCUUUGGAUUUUUUUUAUGUUUUGUUGUUGUUGUUUUUAAUCUGAAAUCAGUUUCUGAGACGAGUAAACAUUCAGUUUAAACGAAUUUACCGUCAGCUCAGCAGGUUGUUGAGCUUUCGCCGGCUUGGUUUCGGCACCAAUAAAUAAGAAUCUUUCCGACAUGACAGUUACACCCUGAAAGCAGCUGAGUGUGAGGUAGAUCUAUUCUUUAAAAGCUUUAAUAAGUUUCUCUCACAGGUGUGUUUAAUUUAUUAAUGAGUUCUGUUCACAUCCAAGCUGACUGGAAAAGCAUCCAUUUACAAUCCUGGUGUAAAGAUUUACACAACUUUUUUCUACUGUGACAGAGAUCAGAUUUUGUCAUUGCGCAUGCGUACAAGGCCAAGAAAUGCAGUUAUAUAUUAUAUAUUAAGUCCAGGAGAAACUAGUAUAUAAACUAGUAUAUAAGCAGUUAAAUAAUUAUCAAUAUUUUAUUUGGGGUACUGCCCGAUUACAACAACUAUUUUUUAAAACGUUUUUAAUGUUAUAAUUUCUGCUUGGCAUAAAAUAUUUACCAUCCUCGCUAUUUGAUUAAUGAUCUUUGAUUAGAUUUAAUCUUAUUUCACGGUGCACUUGAAGUCUGGGUUCUGACUGGUCAGAGGGUGUUGAUUCAUUUUCAGUAUUAACAUUUAAGGUUAAACUAAAACAGAAGCUUUUCUGUAAGGAGGCGUUUAACAUGUAGGGAAGGAGUCUCUUUAUAGCUGCUAUAACGUAAGUGAGAAGCGGAAUUAUAUGACCUACCACUGCUCUGCUAUUAAAGGGACUGAAACACUUCUGGAUGUGGUGUACAUGGAAAGAAAUAGUAUCUCCAUCCAUCACGCCACACCUUUGUUGAUUAUUUUCACUAGAGGGCAGUAUAGGUUAAUGAAUUCUCUCACUGUAUAUUGCACUUUGUCCUCUGUAUGUUUAUAAAGAUAUUUCACAUAUGUAGAUCUAUUCACUCUGUAUUAUCUUACAAUAAUAAAUAAACAUGUUAAAAGACCUGAGUAAUAAACUGCACUGUUUAUGUAUCCUGGCAAUUGAUUGCACACCAAUAAUGAAAUGUUACGCCUCACUGGGGAGUCACCUAUCGACAUGUGACAACUGAAAAUCGUCACUGGCGUAGGUUCUACACCACUGUGGAUCUGAACUGAUGAAAGUGAUGAAAAAAAAAAAGGUGAAACACCAAAAAGAUUUUCCCUCAGCUGUUGUUUGGAGGAGAUAGGUGAACAAGUGAAGUCCAUCUCACCUCAAGCUCAAAUCCCAGGCCUUAAGCAAGGCCCUUAACCCUCAACUGCUCACUUGUAUAAAAAUGAGAUAAAAUCUAAGUCACCAAAUGCCUUAAAUGCAAAUGGCAGGGCUGUGUAAACCCUCUGCUCUGAGAUCUAACUGUGUGUCACUUGGGAUGAGGUUGUAGUGGUGAUUUUGAAGGCCAUUUUUAUUCUCAUCAAAACCAUACUGUGAGCCCUUGUGCCUUGUGGGAAGGGGAGGAGUCAUCCUGGAAGGAACCACACCCGUCAUCACGGUCUAAAGAUGAUCAGUAAGGAGAACUUGGACAAAUGGAUGGAUUGAUACUGAUGCCUCUUCCUUUUAAUUAGUUGCCUGUCUGUAGAUGUAGAUGCCCCAAAACGUUCACCUAUUGUGCAGUGAACUUUGUAGAAAUAGCCUUUAUGCAUUUCUAAUCCAUCAUAGUAAGUUACAUUACAGCCAAACAUUACAAUAUUAAUGCUCUCGCCUUGGGGCUUCGUUCAGUAAGUCUCAGAGGGAAGACUGGAUUCAUGGUUGAAUAAUUGGUUCAAUUAUUAAACGGUAAUAAAUUGUGGUGUACCACCAGCAGAGCGCUCACUAACUAACGCCUAAAGCCAGACCAGAGAUGAAUUUGGGUCACUGUGCCUGUGGUGCGGUUAAUGGGCUGUAGAAAGAGGAAAGAGCUGCAGCAGGGUGUGUGGCUUCGAGCACACGGAUCCACUGACACCCGUACAGGAGGGACGUCAGCGUGUCAGUAAGAGGGUCAGAUUACCUGACGUUCAUCAUGACACUUCAUCAUGUGACAAAUAAGAUUUCGAAACUUUUCCGAGUAUUUGGUAUCAAUGACGACUCAACAGUUCAAGCUUUGGUCUACCAAAGCUUACAGAAGGUUGUGUGCUCCUGGUACCAAGUCUCAGGACUUCCAAGAACACUGCUAGACAUAAUCUGAGGUUAAGAUUAAAAUAUAGGUUGUAUUUAAAGUGAUAAAUAUGCUCAAUAUAUAACAUAUUCAGUCACACAUUCACAUAAUGUAUGCAAAUCUAACAUCUUUGGAAGGAUUCUCCAGUGUCAGUGCUUUGAGUUUCAGCAUUAAAGGUCUAUUACAUGACAACCUGUGUUUUAUUAUUCAUCUUAUUUACUUAGAAAUUGCAGGAAAAAAGCUUUAUAGCUGCUAAAAUCUAUGAGCUCCUGGAAUAAACGUGUUACAUGGAUGUUCCACAACAUUAAGUGUUUUUUAAAACUGAGAAAAUAAACUUCGGCACACGCGGUUUUAGGAAAAACAAUCAUCUUCGGGGGUUUUAAACAGGACAGGAAGUCUGCUUCAUCGCACCCGGGCUGUUGUGUAUUAUUCAUUACUUAUUUACUGCAUCAGGGAACAUUAACAAGCCAAAGUUCCACCUUAAUCACCUGUAAUGCUUUUAAUCUUUACACAGCUAAGGUGUACUUAUUGAUAUUUCUUUAAAUGUUAACUGCAUAUGCAUUACAUUCUACAGGAAAUUAACAUAAAUUACACUGGUGUUGAAGUCAGGUGUAAAAUUAUUGGCACCCUGCAUAUCCUUCCUGAAGGAAAUUCUCCUCCAAACACACCAAUUAAAGCAUUAUUACACAGUAUGAAGGCUAAUGAAGGUUUACAUUACAAUGAAUAAAUAUUGUGUAUUAAUUCUAAAGUUUUUGGCUUGGUGUAUGGUAAUAAAACCUGUCACAGUUUUAGCAUUAGCAGCAGAAACAAAUUACUGUAUUAUUCAUGAAUAUGACCAUUAAUAAUGAUGAGGUCGCCAUGGUAACAGUCCCUAUCAGCUGUUUUCCCCGUU